CCCAUUUCCUGUCCUCGAUUUACGUGCAUUACUUUCUUCACGACUUAUUCUCAACUUCAACUCGCCUUACAAUAUGAUUUCCGCUAUCUUCGACAGUGCCGCCCAUGUCACCGUCGCUGGGUGCCUCGGAGCCUUCUUUUUCAAACAUACUGUGGUGGAUCGCACGUUCAAGGCCGUCAAAAAAGCGGAGAGCAUUACCGCUGGCCUCGUUAUAUCCGAAUUAUGUAUAUCUGUCGCGGCCCUAGUUCUAGCUUCCCACAGGACCGCCCAGAUAAUCCUCAGUAAAGAAGCUCAAUCUCCUCCGAAGCACAAUUUGGCCGAGUUCAAUACGCCUCUCAUCUCAGUCAUCUGCAAGAAAAACGCCAAGCGCCUCUCAAUCGAUUCUGAUACCACUCUUGUUGACCACGAUAAUGAUUUCGUGAGGGAUCUCUCUGACGCAGACAUUCAGGAAAGCACUUCAUUCGCGAUCGAUGACUUGACGGGACCCUCUCCGAGUCAGCGGACGCAGCUCAGCCUCCAGCCAAUCAUCCCAGAGGACGGACCCCUGACGACCACCGACAUUUCGCUUCUUGUGGACGCUUCGACUCAAACAGACACAACGCUCUCUCUCGGCAGCAUUAUGCCUCAGAUUGUCUCGCCUCAGCUGAAACCCCCGGAUACGAAACGGCAUCGAAACUUCCGCCCGGGCAGAGACAAGCAUGCGUCUAGAUCCACACGCGUGAUUGCUGUCCGUGGCAGCAUCGAACGCGCUUACGCUAAGCAACAAGUAGAACACACUGCUAUCAUACUAGAACAUCUUGAACAACUGCACAACGAUCUCCUCGCCGACCAAACCGCUCUUGUCGACGGCUGGGCAGCUGCCAUGUCCCAGCUUGGACUCACCUCUGCGCUGUCGCCUGCCACCCCGCCUCUGCACCAGAAUACGUCCAACCCAGGAAUCUCGAUCGACAUUAUUCAAGACUGACAUCUUUACUAUGCACAUCGCUACUCCUCAGGUCCCCUACGACCAAAUACCGAAGACCUACACCGGCCUCCCUCGUUGUCCCCUACGACCUGGAGCUUCAAUACCCGCGAGGUUGAAGGCCACUGCUGGCCGCGCACGAUCUAUCUCUCCGCGCCGCCUGGAUAUCUCUGCAGUCUUCGAU